UUCAGUGAAGUGUAUUUGAUUCCUCAAACAAACCUUCAUUUUUGCAUGCUCCAUCGUUCCCUGAACUUGCCGUACUUCCGAGACAUUUUAAAACAUCCUGAAAAUGGGUUCUAUCAGCCCCCCUCCCCACGAAUCCGCAGCCACCAAGCUGCGCAAUUUGAUCUCGUCUCCCGGUCCAAUAAUUCUGGCUCCGGGCGUCUACGAUGGGUUCUCCGCUAGAAUAGCGCUUAGUGUGGGGUUUGAUACUAUCUACAUGGUAAGAGCACCAAAUGUUUCUUCGUGGGAGAUUUCGUUCUGAGGUGUGGCGGCUGAUGGCGGGGACAGACUGGCGCCGGAACAAGUGCCUCAAGAAUUGGCCAUGCGGAUUUGGGGAUGGCGGGUCUAAACGACAUGCGAGCGCAUGCUGAGAUGAUUGCCAACCUCGAUGCUAGGGUUCCACUUAUUGCGGAUGCGGAUACGGGGUAUGGAGGUCCCAUCAUGAUCACACGAACAGUUCAACAGUACGCCCGUAGCGGAGUAGCUGGCUUUCACAUCGAAGACCAGAUCCAGACGAAACGCUGCGGUCAUCUCCAAGGCAAGCAGAUCGUGUCGACUUCUGAAUUCUUGGUUCGGAUUCGCGCGGCCGUUGCUGCGCGCCAUGCCGUAGGCUCGGAUAUCGUGAUCAUUGCGCGCACAGAUGCUUUGCAAUCUCUUGGAUAUGCUGAGUCCAUUGCUCGUUUAAGACUCGCGAAGGAAGCAGGGGCCGAUGUUGGCUUUCUUGAAGGCAUCACGAGUAAGGAGGAAGCGAGGGCUGUCGUGAAGGAUUUGGCUCCUUGGCCGAUCUUGUUGAAUAUGGUGGAGCAUGGAGCCACGCCAAGUAUAAGUGUCUCCGAGGCCCAGGAGAUGGGGUUCAGGAUUGUGAUUUUCCCGUUUGCGGGGUUGGCGCCGGCGUAUAAGGCUAUGAAAGAAGUAUAUCAGAGACUGAAGACGAAGGGCAUCACUGGUGCCGAAGCACAAAUGACGCCAGUACAAUUGUUCGAGGUGAGCGGGCUCAAAGAGGACUUGGAGAUUGAUGCCAAGGCUGGAGGAACCACUUUUGCAGGAGGCGUGUGAGAAUCCAUGGGUGGUCAGCAGAAGACAGUAGAUUUCAUUCCGUGGUCGUUGUUGGAAUUGAAUUGAAUUGAAUUUGUAGUUCUCCUCGCUUCCCAUUAUGAAAACCUUCUGGUGGCGAUAUCUCAAAGGCAUA